AUGCCAGACGUGGAUCCGGCUGCACCUAUGGAUUUAGCUCCUGAUUCCCUCGCACUGCAAAAAGAAUCCGUGGGCUGUCUUGACUCCGAAUCUCCAUUGUCGUCGUCAUCUACGGCCUUUUCGUUCGUAUGCUUGGGUGUCGGUGGCGGACCUUUUGACAACAACUGCUCGUGCUACCUCAUGAAGCCAGCUGAUCGCGCGUGGCACGAUGGCACAGUGCUCGUCGAAGGAGGCUCGUUCUUGGGCUCGUUGAUGGAAUGCCUCGAGCACCCAGACAAAGUCUUCCCUGACGUGGAAUUUCCAGAGGGUGUAAACGCAGAGGGCCGGACAGAAAUCUUCAACUCGUGGAUCUCACAGGUAUUCCUCUCACAUGGCCAUCUGGACCACAUUUACGGCCUUGUCUUGGCUUCGGCGAACAACCGCGCCCAACGGCCUGUGUAUGGCUUACAAGAUACCUUGGAUACACUGCUGCAAGUGUUCAAUGGCCGGAUCUGGCCACGCCUGGCUUCCUACGAUGAAACAGAUCCCAUGGCCUUUUAUCAUUUACGUUGCAUGCGCACUGGACAAGUCCUGUCGAUCGACACGGACAUCGACGUCACUGCGCUUCCCAUCUCUCAUGGCAAUACACGUCUGGCUGUAGGCACCUCUGUUUUCCAAUCGGUUUUGGAUGGGCCUCCUAUCGGCCCGCUGCCGUGCCACAUGGACGGCGAUAUGAGCACCGUGGUAUCCACGGCGUUCCUGUUUACCAACCAUCGCCGUGAUCGCGACGUGCUUUUUAUGGGCGACGUCGAGCCCGACCAGGUGAGCGGCGCCAGUGCCAACUUCCGGCUGUGGAAGCAGGUGGCUCCGAGGGCGGCCCAGGGCAAGCUUAACGCCAUCUUUUUGGAGUGCAGCUUCUCGUCGGAGCAGCCUGACCAUCUUUUGUUUGGUCAUAUGACGCCUGUCCACCUGUACCGCGAGCUACAGGCCCUUGCUCAAUGCGUUUGCGCAGAGCGAAAGAUUUCGUCUACCGAUCAAAUUCUGCGUGGUGUAAAAUGUAUCGUUAUUCAUAUCAAAGGUAUGACUCUUUCCGGUGAUCUCAAGUCGUACUGCUAUGUCCCUCGUCCCAAAAAACGUCCCACCUCUAUGCAAUUGCCCCUUCAUUUGGAGUCUGUCAUUGAACAAGAACUGGCCGACCUUGAAGCCCAGGGCCGUCUUGGCGUGGAAUUCAUUGUCGCCCGACGUGGCCAGCGUAUCGAAUGUUGA